AUGAGCUCCCAGAAGAAUCCACAAGGGGGCAAGGCCUUCGGGGCGCUGAAGGCCCAGCAGGAGGAGGUUCUGGACUCUCUCAAUAAGGAAUUCCUGGAUGACCCCAAAUACAGUACAGACGAAGACCUGCCGGAGAAGCUGGAAGCCUUCAAGAAGAAAUACAUGGAGUUCGACCUCAACGGGGAGGGGGACAUCGACAUCAUGGCUCUGAAGCGGAUGCUGGAGAAGCUGGGGGCGGCCAAGACCCACCUGGAGCUGAAGAAAAUGAUCACGGAGGUGACGGGCGGCCAGGGAGAGACCAUCAGCUACCGGGACUUCGUCCGCAUGAUGCUGGGCAAGCGCUCGGCCAUAUUCAAACUGAUCCUGAUGUAUGAAGACAAAGCCAAGGAGAAGGACGAGAAGCCGGCCGGCCCCCCCGCCAAGAGGGCCAUCACUGACCUCCCCUAG